UUUCCGCAGUUCAGCCGCAGGACGCGCUCCGGUCACGCAAGCACAUUCUCGUGCCUACUGGCCAUGCAAAGCGCGCGUCGCACACAGUCCUCGACCGCAUGAAGCACCCCAAGCUCGUCGGCGCCGAUAUCUACGUUGCCCGCCUCGCCCACACCAAGCUACAGACACCGGACCUAUCCUUAUCCCCGCCCGACGCAUCGCCGUCGGCCGAUUGCUGCCCGUCGCCAGCUCGGUCUGUCGCUUCAACAUCAACAGCUGGCUCGCUGCACGACGAGCUGACCUUCCCAACGGCGCGUGCGCCAUUGUCUGGUUCGCCAGGAGACCGCCACCCGCCAUACCCUUCUGCUGUCGACUCUCGCCCGUGCUACCGCUGCGUCUCGUACAUGCACUGCGCGGGCAUCAAGCGCGUGUUCUGGACCAACGGCGAGGGCGGCUGGGAGUGUGCCAAGGUGCGCGAUCUCGUCGACAUGCUGGACGGGUCCGCCAGCGAGGGAAUGGCCGGGCUUGGUGUGUUCGUGACGAAGCACGAGGUAUUGAAUCUGAGGCGGAUGCUGGGGAGCUGAAGACGCGCCUCGAACUAAUUAUCGUCAUAUUGAAUCCUGCAUGUGCAUCUACUAGCCGUUGUUGAUCUUUUGGCCGUUGGGCUCCCUUGACCAACGGCGUGCAAUCAAAUGCAUUCACCUACCACGCAUCGCUUGACCUUCCGAGGAUACACUGGUGCUGCAUGC